AUGGCACUUGGCACUAGUACCAAUAAAAAAACUACAUCGUGGGGUCGUGUAAUAAUUAUAAUUCUGGCAGCGGUAUUUCUCAUAGUUGGUAUUGUCUUCCAGCAACUUUCAUUUAAUACUUCUUCAUCGGCAUCAUCCUCAAUUCAAGGCAAAAACACAGGAGCUACAAAGAAUCCUUUUACAACAAGGCUUACAGAAACAACAGAAUCAAUGAGUGUAUCGGCUAUUAGAAUUCCUGCCAAUGGGUCACUGGCCAAAGCUGCAGUGAUUUUUCUUCAUGGAUUAGGUGAUAGUGGAGAUGGAUGGUCUUGGUUACCUCAAUUGGUUAGUCAAUCUAAAUUAAUCAACGACCCAAUCAAUUAUGUAUUUCCAAACGCACCAAAAAUCCCUGUCACAAUAAAUAAUGGAUUUGCCAUGCCAGCAUGGUUUGAUAUUUACGAACUUGGUAAUCCUCAUGCUAAACAAGAUGUCACAGGGUUUUUCAAAUCAUGUGAAGUCUUGAAAGAAUUUAUACUCGAACAGCACAACAAGUUCAACAUCCCAUUGGAAAAGAUUAUUAUUGGAGGGUUUUCUCAAGGAGCUGCCAUUUCAUUGGCAACAUUAGCUCUCUUGGAUACCAAAAUUGGUGGCUGUGUUGCUUUAUCAGGAUUUUGCCCUGUUAGAAAUGAAAUCACCGAUCGUUACAAUAAAAACCCAGGAGUCAAUUUUGAUACCCCAAUUUUCCAAGGACAUGGUACUGUUGAUCCUGUGAUUAAUUACGAUUAUGGUAAACAAACCAGUGAAUUGUACAAGCAAUUGGGAUUCAAGAAUUUGAAAUUCAAUACUUAUGAAGGUGUGGCUCAUAGUGCCAGUGAAGAAGAAUUGGCCGAUGUGAUUAAGUUUAUUAAAAAUAUUGUAGAGAAAUAG